AUGGACUUUGACGAAGACGACGCGUUCUUGUACGGUGAUGGCGACGAACUCGUCAUCAACCAUACGCCGCAAAAGGAGGCCGCACCUGCACCAGGUCAGUGCCGUGCGCCGUUCAUGGCGCUGAGCCGACGCCGAGUUACUGACCGCCCUUUCUGCUCCGUGUGGUGUGCUGCGUGCUGCGUGCUGCGUGCUGCGUGGAGCAGCUCAGAAUACUGCGUGAGUUCACUCGGGCUCGAUCUAGUCGCUCCCCAGCUGACCACAGCGAUCGUCUCUCGCCAACAGCGCAUCAGCUCAGAAUGGCGACGACGACGAGGCAGAGAUCCAGCAGCAGCAGGACGAAGAGGACAGUGACGAGGUGGGUAAACCCCGCUGCAUCAUCUUUGGUUUCGCUGUGACUGAACGUUUCGCACAACCCCCCACGGGGCAGGACAUUGAAUUGAUCCUCGACGGUGAUCCCGUGCCGCCACCACCCCCGUCAGUCCCGCAACUGGGUCCUCUUCUCCGCUCGGGAUCCCUCAACUCACGCCCCCGUUAUGGUACCUUCCACAGCUUGCGCAGACCGAACGCACCCGUGCCCAUCCUCGCACCCGUAUCGCCCACCCAACCUCGUCCGUUUCAUCGCCGAACUCCGUCGGUGGACCCGCGCCAAGCCGAGUUGACGCUCCAUACCCCCCUUACCCCACAGUCACCGCACCUAAAACCACGACCGACUAUUCACCCUUGGACAGGCCAGGCACGAACACCCCGAACCCGAACUCGAACCCACCCGCCACCGCAUCAGCCGCCCCCGCCCCCACUCCAGCGACAGAAGCAGAAGACGAUGCACCGCACCCGCCUACCACUGCCAAAGUCGAACCGACCCUCAUCCCACGCGGAUCGCUCUACCCGCUCCCACCGACGAUGCCUCCGCCCAGCCUCGACGUCGACUUGAUCCCCCAAGAUGACCAAGGUCACGACCUCUUCGAUCUCGAGCUCGACGCGCUCCCCGAAAAACCUUGGACUCGACCGGGCGCGAAUAUGGCCGAUUAUUUCAACUAUGGGAUGAACGAAGCGGCGUGGAAGAACUACGCGCAGAAGCAGAAAAAAUUGAGGCAAGAAGUACAGAACGAUGCGAGUAACCCGUUCGCCGUAAGUCCACUCUCUUCCAACCCAAACUCUUGGGAGGGUUUCGUCCUCGUGGGGGAAAAAUAAAGAGAGAAAAAAUCCUGACGAUCGCUUUUCCUUUUGAUCCCACAUGAAAGAUCUUUGCCACUUCGGACCUUCCCACGGCCAUCUCGUCCCUGCACCCCGAACAAAAAAUACUCUUGGUCGCUUCCCUGAUGGGUAUUCAACCGAGUAUGCCGGGACCACCACCCCCUCAAGCGAUGAUGCAUAUGAUGAGCAUGAUGGCUGCUGCUUCGGGAGCUCAGGGAGGACAGGGGAUGAAUCCCGCGGCGACGGCGCAGGCGUUCAUGCAGCAGCAACAACAACAACAACAGCAACAGCAACAGCAGAUGAUGGCUCAACAAGGACUUGGAGGCUAUGGUAAUCAAGGACAGGGCCCAACACAAGGAGGGAUGGACAUCUACGGCGGCGGUGGCGGGCCCAAUGCGCAGAUUGGAGGUCAGGCGAGGAUGAUGAUGAAUGGUGGCAAUGGCGCGAAUAUGCCUCAGGGGAUGCAAGGGAAUGGUGAGAUGGGGAUCGGAGGAAUCGGUGGGAUGGGCGGUAUGGGCAUGGGAAUGGGAAUGGAAGGAGGUGGAUUCGGAAUGCCUCAAGGUGCUCAGGGCCAGGGUCAAGGACAAGGACAGGCAGAGGCUUUCGAGAAUGAGGGUGCGGCCGACCGUGAGUUUCAUGGCGGCGUGUGCUUUCAUCUGUCGGAACGGAGUGCUGAAAGUCAAAGGUUUUACUCUUUCAUAGUCAACGACCCUAACGCGACGCAGCAGAACGUUACGGAAGAGAAUGGCGAAGGAAAUGAAGGAGGUGAUGCGGUGAGUGUGCCUCCCGCUUUUGGGCACAAGUCUCGAGCCCUGACCACGACCUCUCUUAACGACCAUUAUCACAGGACUAUUCCACCAUGAUGCAACAGCAAUACCAAAUGCAACAACAAAUGCAACAACAACAGAUGCACCAAAUGCAACAGAUGCAACAACAACAACAGCACAUGAUGGGUGGUGGACGAGGUCGAGGAGGGAUGGGGGUAAACCUCCGAGGUGGGCGAGGUGCCUUCGCUGGAAGAGGUGGAAGGAGCGGGGGGAUGAUGAUGCUUCCCGGCGGCGGGGCGAAUGGACCCCAGCCGGGCUUGCCGCAAGGAGCGAUCCCGACCGGUCCAAGGAACGUCCCGACGGCUCUACCCCCCAACGUACCUACGGGACCGAGGAACGCCGGUCCUCCUCCACGAGGUCCUCGAGCUGGUGUUCAUGCGACGUAUCACGACAAAGAUCGACAAGCGGGGCAACAAGAUAUGAGCGGCCUCGAUUACGGUGGUGCAAGUGGGGGGAGUGGUGGUGUGUCGACGAGUCAUUCGACUGGUGGUGCGGAGGGGAGAACGCCAUUGAACGAACGAGGUGGUGGGGAGAGGAGGAAGAGGAGUUAUUCGGAAGAUUCCGGGAGGUCGAGAUCGAGGUCGAGGUCGAUUGAUUAUUCGAGAGGGGGGUCGACGACGACGGCGACGACUGGAGCGGGGGCGGGGCAUGAAGCUGGGGGGAGGGCGCGAGGGGUAACUGAGAGGGAGAGAGAGAGGGAUUCGCCGAGGGAUUCACCCAGGGAUAGUGGGAGUGAAAGAAGGGGCUCGAGGAAGGCGACGGGGAGGAGUUCGAGGGCGGAGGAGGAGGAAGAAGGGAGGGACAGUCGUACUGAUCGGGAUAAAGGGGAUCGUGAGAGACGGGAUCGUGACCACGACGUUGGAGCCGAAGAGGAUGCACGGCCAGCAGGCUUCAAGAUCAAAGGAAGUCAAGCCGCCGCCGUUGUGGAGGAAGAUGGGGCGGGUGAUCGAAGUUCGAGGGAAGUCAGUGCUUCGCGCGAGGCCGAAGGUCAUCGUCGACGAUCGACGAGGUACGACGACGAAGAUCAUCGUGAGGCGUCGUCGCGGAGAAGUGGGACGAGGAGGAGUCGGAGAUACAGCGAGGAGGAGGACGCCGAUGAUCGCGACUCGACGAGGUGAGUGUCGAGUCAAGGCGAUUAGACGACCUGGCUAUUCAUUGUACGGAAGUAUGCUGAGAUUCGCUGGAUUCUUGAAACGAUUCACCAGGAAACGCAAGUAUGAAGACGAGCAUUAUGAACCGAGGGUCACUAGGUCGCGAGCUUCAAAGUGA